AAACUCGUCUAUAAACACAACAGUUUCAUAAUGGCCUUCAAUAAGUUGGUACUGAUUCCCUUCCUGGCAAUUGGGCUUUAUUUCCUCAAGAAGUACAUGAAUGGUGGAAUAUGCACCAGUGAUGCUAGGCUUGAUGGUAAAACUAUAAUUGUAACAGGAGCUAAUGCAGGAAUUGGAAAAGAAACUGUUCGUGACUUGGCAAGAAGAGGUGGCCAUGUUAUUAUGGGAUGUAGAAGUCAGUAUCGCUGUAAUGCAGCAGCCAAUGAAAUCAGGCAGGAGAAUAGUAAAGCUGACCUUGUCCUCAUGACCCUUGACCUGUCGUCAUUCAAAUCAAUUAGGGAAUUUGUGACAGAAUUUAAACAGAAGGAAAAGAACCUCCAUAUUUUGAUCAAUAAUGCGGGUGUAAUGUGGACCCCUUAUCAGAAGACUGAGGAUGGAUUCGAAAUGCAGUUUGGUGUAAAUCAUUUGGGUCAUUUCAUGUUGACAACGUUACUACUUGAUGUCAUCAAAGCUUCCAAACCCAGUCGAAUCAUAAACGUCUCCUCUUUGGCUCAUAAUGGUGGCACAAUGGACUUUGACACCAUUAGUGAUCCAGGGGAGGAGAAUUACAGUAAAAACUCAGCUUAUGGCUCAAGUAAACUGGCUAAUAUUUUAUACACAAGAGAAUUAGCUAAACGAUUAAAAGGGACAGGAGUGUCUGUUGCAACUUUGCACCCAGGGGUAGUAGACUCUGAACUCAUGCGUUAUGUUUCCUAUGCUGACCAUCCAAUCAUCAGAGCCAUCUUUUGGCCAGUUCGUAGUAUCUUCAUGAAGACUACAGUACAAGGGAGUCAGACCACAUUGUGUUGUGCCCUAAAUGAUGAUAUACCGAAAUUAUCUGGCAAAUAUUUUAGUGACUGUGCCGUGAAGGAACCUUCAGCUGCAGCGCAAAAUGAUGAAGAUGCCAAGAAACUUUGGGACCUCAGUAUGAAAUGGACAGGUCUGGAAAAGGAGGCGAAGAUAUAAGAGGCAAAGACAAUUGAGGCAGAGACAAUUGAGGCAAAGAUAGAGAUGGAUUGUGUGUGUCUUUACAUCAAUAAGGACUGAGGAAAAAGGGAAUAAGGAACUUAGAAGCCAUCAAAAAUAUUGAUCUCGAGAAAGCCCAUGUUUAUGAGAUUCAUGACUCUCUAUGCUCAAAAUAUCCCUCUGAACAUUUUAGUACCCUAAAGAAUAAUAUGAUUUGACAUUUACACAGUUGUGUUCAAUUUCAUUAUUUCUUACAUUUAUCAUAUAGUAAGUGAAAUUACCGAGGUCAAAAUACAUGUAUUAUAGUGAAAAUCAGAAAAAAUAAUUAUGUGACUCAAGUGCCACCCAGCCAGAAGAGGCCUGGAUCUAAGCAUUGUUGAUCAGGGCCAUUAUUGACCCAUAGGCCUUCAACACUUUUGAUGCAAGUCUGGGAAGUAGUCUACCAACCAAUCAAGAUGAUUUGUGACUCAUUUUUUAUUGGAAUAUUUGUAUUUGUCAUGUAAUCAUGUUGCUAUGUUUCAAAGUAGCUAUAAAUGUUUGUAUUCAGAUACAGCUGAUUGUUAAUAUUUAUUGAACAUAAUUAUGUGAUUACUCUAAUGAUUCCUAUAGUGUCUUGUCAGUGUGUUAGCUUUUUUAUUUUCUGAUGGGGUAAGACCAUUUUUAUACAUUUACCUAUAUACUGUAUACUUUAUAUCCAUUAAAGUGUAAGGUGACGUUCUUCGCAAUUGAUGUUAUUCAACUAGCUGAUUUUGUGCCAAAGGGGAUUAAAAAGUCUGACCUUUUUCAGAAAUCAUUAUGAAUUGAAUACAAGAAGAUGACUGUGUAAAUCAAAGUUCCUCAUGAAAUUAUACACAGAAUUCAGAUACGUCGUCAAAUAUAAAAUAAAAUUAGUCCAUAAUAGACUAGAUGCAAGUAGAAAUAAUCUUGAUUU